AUGGAUUUUUAAAUCUAAUACAAUGGAGAAACUUCUAUUUACAAUACUAUUUCUACGUAUGAGGAACUUAUACAAGAGAUAUUACAAAAAUAUUAAACUAUUCAAGAAAUUGAAUUAUCGUAUUAGGAUGAGGAAGGUGAUAUAAUUUAAGUGUCAAACACCAGUGACUUGUAUGCAAUUAACGAGCCCGAUAAAAUAACAAUUCAAAUGAAAGCAAGAUAAGAUGAACAAAAAUAAUAGGAGUUGGAGAAGGAAAAGAAAAGAUAAGAAAUUAAGCUUAAAAAAAUUAAAGAGUAGCAAUAAAAGAAAUAAAAUGCUAUUGAUAAUGAAGAACUUACAAUUGCAAAUUUGGAGAAAGAGAUUGCCAGCAAACUAAAAGAAAAUUAAGAUGAAAUUUUGUAUUUAAAAUCGGAGCAAUAAAGACUUGAACACUAUAAACCAGAUCCUCUACCAGAUUUUGAAGUUUCUUUAAACGAGGCUAGAUUGUUCGAUAGAAUUAAAGAAAAGGAAGAUUAAUUAUUAUACAUUGAAGAUAAGAAGGGAUUUGAAACCUAAUUGAGAACUGUUCAAAAAGAAAUUCAUGAUAUCUUCCAUUAAAUCUAUGAGGAAAGAAAAAAUCAGCAUUCUGAAAAUUAUAAGAAAUGGAAUCAAACUAAAUAAAGUUUAGCAAAGGUCGGACAUCAAAUUGAAUUGAAAGAAUAAGAGGCUAAGAAGUAUUCAGAGACAUCUUGUAGUAAGUUGUAAAAUCAUAGAGAGAAAUUACAAAAAUUAAGAGGAGAAUUGGAUAAAAUAGAAGAUGAAACAGAGUGAAUAAAAUAUUAAUAAUAUUAAUAUAUGUAAUAAAAUAAUAACAAUGGGCAUUUUGACCAUUUCUAAA